UAUUGAAAAACCAAAAUUUACUCUUAUUAAAGCCCUUCCACACAUCUCUAAAUAGGAGUAGUGUGAGAGACUUUCAAAGUAGAACACUUUUGAAGGGCAACAGAGGAAAAAAGAGGGUUUUUAAGUUAGUGAAUGGAAAAGGUGAGGAGAUUAGCAGCUGAAAAUGAAGUGCUGAUAAUAAGCAAGAGUUCUUGCUGCCUUUGUUAUGCAGUGAGUGUUCUUCUAAGGGAUCUUGGAGUUAGUCCCAUGGUGUAUGAGCUUGACCAAGACCCUGAAGGAAGAGACAUGGAGAAGGCCCUUGUAAGGCUGCAGGUCUGCAACACGCCGCCCGUUCCUGCCGUCUUCAUUGCCGGAGAACUCGUCGGGUCAACCAAUGAAGUUAUGUCUCUUCACCUAAGUGGAGAUCUCAAUCGAAUGUUGAAGCCAUACAAGGUGGUUCAAGAGAACUAAGAUGAUAUCAUAUAUGUCGUCUCCUCAAUCAACAACCUCAUAUUUGCCAAAAGUUAGAAGCUUUUUAUGUUAUGUACUGUAAUGUUUGGGUACGUAAUGAAUAAAACAACUGUAUAUCAACAAGGUCUGAAAGUUGAUAUGGGCUUUUAUAGCAUAGAACUUUUCUUUCUUUUUCUUUUUCUAUAUUUUUAAUAUCCUUCCUAGUCUAAUUUCUAGAUUUUUUUUUUUUUUUUUUGUUGAAAACUUGAAAUAUUGUCAUAUCCUUGUAGAAUAUUAAAUUAUUAUCGUUGCUAUUUAUUGUUAA